AUGGAUUUCCAGAUAGCGAUCAAGAAAAGGAAGUGCCACAAGGAAGAAGAUGAAGAAGAUCAGCCCAUAAAUCGCUUAUGCUGUUUGCCGCAUGAUAUCGCCCUAGACAUACUCUCUAGGCUGCCCAUCAAAUCUGUUAUCCAAUUCAGGUUUGCUUGUCGAUCCUGGCAUUUCUUGUCUCGUGAUCUACAACUUGUUAAUAUGCACAUGUCCCGGACACUGACUAGCCAAAGGUUAUGCCUUAUUUUCCAUUCUGAUUAUCCUAUUCGAAACCAGCUUCACUUUGUUGAAUUUUCUGAUGUUGAUGACAAUGAAAUAGUGAGGAAAAUUGAUACUCCCUUUGCCGUUUCCAUGCCGGAAUUUAGUGUGAUUGGCUCAUGCAACGGUCUGUUAUGCCUAAUUGAUUCAUUAUUUGCUGACUCCAUAUACAUAUACAAUCCUUUUACGAGGGACUAUAAAGUGCUACCGAAGUCCGUUGAAUUCGAAAAUCAGAUUGUCAUAUUUGGAUUUGGAUUCCAUCCAAUUACUAAACAGUACAAGGUGAUCAAGAUAGUUUACUAUCCGAAUGUGUAUAAUCUUGAAAUUCCUAGGCAUGUCCGCAGAUUUACACACAUGAGUUCACGGAGAUCAGAUGUUCAGAUUUACAAUCUGGGUGCCAAUAAAUGGAGAAGCAUAGGACAAGCACCUUACAAACUAGAGAAAAGGUCUUCACUAGGAGUUUUGGUGAGUGGCAGACUUCACUGGAUGACUCACUGGGGAAAGUACAAUGGGCGACGUAACAGGAUCAUUGUAUCUUUUGACCUCUCCGAUGAUUCAUUUCAAGAGAUUCCAGGGCCCGACACUGGUAACUUAAGAAGUUUGAUGAAUUGCCAUGUUGCUGUUUUAGGGAGUUGCCUGUCUGCUGUUGUGCCUUCGUAUGGGGGUAACGGAGGUCACGAUAUUUGGGUGAUGAAAGAAUAUGGAGUGCAAGAGUCUUGGGUGAAGGAGUUCACUCUUGGAGUUUACUCCCCAAGGUUUAUUCGUCCUGAAUUGCAGAAAUCUUAUCAGAUUUGGAGGAAAUAUCUGGGUGGGAGAUUAGUUCGUAUUAUAUGCCUUUUGAAGAGUGGAGACAUAUUGGUGGAGUACAGAGGAGGAACUUUGGUUUCUUAUAAUCCAGACAGUGGAAUGUUUAAGAAUAUCGAGUUUCAGGGGAUGCCGAAAAUGUUUCAAACGACAGUUCAUGUUGGUAGCCUUUAUCCAGUUGUUCAACCCUAG